UAUUUAUGCUCUGCAGCAGACGGCAGUUCAGAGUUACGCAGUUUACGUACAGCGCGUACGUCAGAGUAGUUAAUGCUUGUUGAUGCAGUUGGAAAUGGCGGAGCAGAAAGAGGCGGACGCCUCUCAGCAGCACCAGGAGGACGGAGGCAUCAAACGACAUGAAGAUACUGGUGAGGAAGCUCCUGCAGGUGUGGUCCAAGCUGCAGAGCAGAGUGAAGCUGCAGCAGACAGUGACACCAAACCGUCAACCACAACCUCUGACAGACACAUCUCCAUCCAGACCACACUGGAAGGUCUGGAGAUGCUGGUGGACCUUAAUGGUGCAGGGCGGAAGUCCUGCCCUCUGUGUCCUGAGGAGAAGUUCAAAGCCUGUUACAGCCACAAGCUGCGGCGCCACCUGCAGAACCUCCACUGGAAGGUCUACGUGGAGUCUAAAGGCAGCAGGAUGUGCAUCUGCCACCUGCCCUGCAGGAACCCGAAGCCCAGCCUGAGUGGAGAUCAGGUGUCGGGGCGACAUAUGGCCCACUACCACUGUGUGGUGUGUUCUGUCACAAUCGCUCGAAAGACCGACAUGGUCAGUCACCUGAAACGCCACGUCAACAAGGGAGAGACUGAGGCCAGCUACUCUGGGAGCUCAGAUGUUCAGUUUGAAGAGCCGACUCCAUCGGGUCAGGCCUACGAAAUUCUGAAAGAACUUGGAACGAAUGUCCAGCUCCUCCCGAACCACACCACCCCACAGAAGAGUGACACCUACUUCAACCGGAAGAUGAAGACCAACAGGCAGCUGGUGUUUUGUUCCAUCGCUGUUCUGGCCGAGGAGAGGAACCCACUCGAGUGUCUGGAUGCUUUUGGAGCCACAGGCAUUAUGGGCCUCCAGUGGGCCAAACACCUUCGUAACUCCGUCAGAGUGGCGAUAACAGACAUCAGUGAUAUCUGCGUGAAAAUGAUCAAAGAGAACUGCGAGCUGAACAACAUCCGUGUCGAUGGAGGCUCUCGAGGCCCGCGGGCCCCUGAGAAGGCUGGCAGCGAGGCAGAGACAACUCCCAUUGCUACAUUGGAGGUCGCCAAGAUGGACGCCAACGUCAUCAUGCAUUUGCGGUCUUUUGAUUAUAUCCACCUGGAUCCAUUCGGAACUGCCGUGAACUAUCUGGAUGCUGCCUUCAGAAAUGUCCGAAACCUCGGUAUUAUCUCUGUGACAUCUACGGACACGAGUUCACUCUACGCCAAGUCGCCCAAUGUCACCCUGCGUCACUACGGCUGCCACAUCGUGCGCACGGAGUACUACAAAGAGCUGGCUGCGCGCAUGGUUGUUGCUUCUGUAGCCAGAGCGGCGGCACGCUGUAACAAAGGCAUCGAGGUGCUGCUGGCGGUGGCCUUGGAACACUUUGUGCUGGUGGUGGUGAGGGUCCUCAGGGGUCCGUCGCAGGCGGACGAGUCGGCCAAGAAGCUACGCAAGCUGGCCCACUGCCAGUGGUGUGAGGAGAGGGUCUUCCUGAAACUGGGGAACAUGGUGGACGACACACUCCCCUGUAACUGUCAUGGAAGUCUGCCUGGAAAGACCGCAGUUCAGCUGGGUCCUCUGUGGUCCGGACCUCUGUUUAACACUGGCUUUCUGAGGAGGAUGCUCUCUGCUGCUGUGCAGCACAGCAUGGACGACAUCCAGCCGCUGGUCAAAACUCUGAUCUGCGAGUCCGAGUGCACCACUCUCAAGUCUUUAGUGCACGGGUCGUCAGCUCUCACCAACCAGGUGGAGUGUGGAGUUGUUAUCAAGACAUUACAGAGUGGAGAAGAUGGAGGUCUGGCUGAUCAGUCCGGGAAAAGGAAAAGUGGGGAGGAGUCUGGAAACGUUGUGAAGAAGUUAAAGCCGGACGUGUCUCUGGAACAUCCACCCUUCUAUUACAGCAUCCACCGGCACAGCAUCCGGGGCAUGAAUAUGCCCAAGUUAAACAAGUUCCUGCAGUACCUGACAGAGGCCGGCUUCAGGGUGGGCCGGACUCACUUCGACCCGACGGGAGUCCGGACCAACGCCACGCUGCAGCAGUUUAAAUCCGUCCUCACCAAGUACAGCGUGCCCACAUGCACCAACGCUGGCGUCAGCGCUCAGAUGAGCGUGAGUGCGGAGAAACCGGUCUGAGCCAAGAAAAGUCUGGAAACAUGGCAACUCCUUCUGACCCAAACUGAGUUCUGACCACACUCAUGGACAUUUGUUAGAGCACAUUUUUAUUAAACAGCACAAACUACUAUGCUUAUAUAAUGUCAAUCUAUUUAAUUUACCCUGAAAACAAUAUUUUAUUCAUUUCUCCUUUCUCCCGAUUUUUACCUUUUUAUUCGUCUUUUAGAGGCACAAUAAAAUCUUUCUGCAAAAUGA